AUGGGUGCGCCGGCGGCGAAAGAGCUUCUCCGGAAGGUGCAGGAACUGGAAGCCGGACAGGCUGAGCUCCAAAAGGAGAUGACGAGGCUUCUUAGGCCCUCUUCCGAUCAGAACUCCGAGAAUCUGCAUGAACAGCUCCACCGGCAUCCUCCUCCUCGCUCUCGGUUCAUCUCGCCUCCGCGUGAAAGGACGGGACGGCGCUUCGAGAAGGCUCCGGCUACGAAGAAGUCCUCUCCGCCGCCAUUUAGGCAUUCGUCUCCUUUGGAGCGGGAUUCGCGCCGUCCGAGCUGCGGUUCCGGUAAUGACGGUGGCGAAAGGAGUGCUGGUCCGUCUGCCGUGAAGCAUACCGAUAAGCAGUACUUGAACAUCUUGCAGUCCAUGGGGCAGUCCGUUCAUAUUUUUGACUUCUCCGGCAGACUCAUCUACUGGAAUCGAGGUGCUGAAAAGUUGUAUGGCUAUUCUGCGGCGGAGGCUUUUGAUGGAAACAUAGUUCAGCUGCUUGUAGAUCCCGGUGAUAGAACGAUUGCGCAGAAUGUUGUUGAUCGCGUCCUCCAGGGUGAGAGCUGGACAGGACAGUUCCCUGUGAAGACCAAGAGCGGCGAUAGGUUUCCAGUCGUCGCGACCAAUACACCUUUCUACGAUGACGAGGGUACUUUGAUUGGGCUGAUCUGCUCAUCUAUGGAUUCAAGGCCAUUUCACGAAGUGAAGGCUGGUUUCUCUGGUCCCUUUGAUACGGAAGCAGUCUCGAGUUCCUCCAACUGUGGUGUUGAUAGAACCUGCAGCAGUGUCUCGGCUGAGCUUGGUAUGGAUUCCCAGUUGCCACUGCAAGCAACACUCAAAUCUAAGAUAUCUAACUUGGCAACCAAAGUGAGCAACAAGGUGAAGUCCAAGAUUCAAACUGGAGAGAACAACAGCUUGGAUUGUCCUGAAGGUGGUAGUGGAGAUGGUCAUCAUUCUGAUCAUGGUUUCGCGGAUGUAGCAGCUGAACAUAGGGACGAUGCAAACUCCAGCGGUGCUGGUACGCCUAGGGCAAGCUCACGGAGGGGAGAUUUUCAUCCAUCUUCUUCUGUUGUCUCGCCUUCUGGCGAUGAUAGUGAAGGGAAGCCGGCAAUCCUCAAGGUCAUCACUUCGAAAGCAGAAGUGUGUACGGGUAAAAAGGGGUUGUCAUGCCCAUGGAAAGGGUAUGAGAGGGAAGUUCCCGAGGCAAGAAUGACCAAGUUCGUUUGGCCUUGGUCGCAACAUGACCAAGAGGGUGAAAUGAAUCGUCCCUCUAAUGCGUGGUCGUUAUCAUCUGGAAAUGUUAACAGCAGGAGCUGUGUCAGCAGUUGUGGCAGUACGAGCAGCAGUACUGGGAAUAGGAUAGAUGUGGAACCUGAUAGCUGGAAUUAUGACAUAUUAUGGGAAGAUUUGACAAUUGGAGAACAAAUCCGAGAAGGGUCUUGUGGGACUGUCUAUCAUGCCCGGUUGUACGGAUCUGAUGUUGCGGUCAAGGUAUUCUCCAAGCAAGAUUAUUCUGACAAUGUGAUUCUUUCAUUUAGACAAGAGGUAUCCCUUAUGAAAAGACUCCGCCAUCCAAAUGUGCUGCUCUUUAUGGGUGCCAUGUCCUCACCACAGCGUCUCUGUAUCUUUACAGAGUUCUUACCUCGAGGAAGUUUGUUUCAGUUACUGCAACGAAAAGCAACAAAACUAGAGUGGAGGCGGAGAGUGCAGAUGGCCUUGGAUAUUGCACGAGGUAUGAAUUAUCUUCAUUGUUUCAACCCUCCUAUCGUUCAUCGUGACUUGAAGUCUUCAAAUCUUCUGGUUGAUAGAAAUUUGACGGUAAAGCCUCAAUGGAUGGCCCCAGAAGUUCUGCGCAAUGAACGUUCCGACGAGAAGUCUGACAUUUACAGCUUUGGAGUGAUACUGUGGGAACUUGCGACCAAGAAGAUUCCUUGGGAUAAUCUCAACUCAAUGCAGAUAGUUGGUGCUGUGGGAUUCAUGAACCAACGGUUAGACAUACCAAAAGACCUCGAUCCCCGCUGGGCCUCUAUAAUAGAGAGCUGCUGGCUCAGUGAUCCAGCCAGCCGCCCAACAUUCCAGGAACUCCUGAAAAAGCUGAGAGACCUUCAGAGACAGUACGCCGUCCAGUUACUGCCCUCCCGUUCUUCCGCAACAGCUGGAGAACAUCACACCGCCAUCCUCGAAAGCUAGCCAAGCCGACUCGUGACGCAAACCUCCACAAAGCCUGCGAGGAACCUUUUUGGCGUUAUCUUGAAGAAGAAAGAUCCAGCUCAACCCCAUCCCCUGAUUUGAUUGCCGGGAAAGAAUCCAUGUGGAUUUGUAGUGCCAUUCAGUGACAGAACAAACAAGACGGUCAAUGUUGAUGACGAUGGGCAGAAAGGCACAUAGCAGGAGUGUUUUUUCCUUUUCCAUGGCAGGCAGCCAUGUGAGGGAGAUUUGAGGGAAAAGAUUCUCCUCCUUCCGAAUCCUACCUCCCCUCCCAAACAAACCGCCAUUUCUUCAGGCAGAGGAACCUAGCUGGUUUCCCUUGCUCACCGUGCUCCGUUCGUAGCGCUACUGCGAUCUCAGCUCCCGACGAAAUCCUCAAGCGCCUUCUCGCCCUACCUUCCAUGGAUGCGCCGACGCCGCCGACCGAAGAGCUACUGCGGAAGAUUCAGGAGCUGGAAGCCGGGCAAGCUGAGCUCCAGCAAGAGAUGGUGAAGCUGCUCAAGCUCUCUUCCGAUCCGAAAUCCGAGGAUCUGUUACUCCACCAGCACGAACAGCACCACCACCACCAUUAUCACCACCACCCUCCGCCUCGCUCUCAGUCCGUCUCGCCUCAGCGUCGUCAAGGGACUGGACGGAGCUUCGAGGCGGCUCCGGCUGCUGUGGAGAAGAAGACCUCUCCGCCGCCGUUUAGGCAUUCGUCUUCGUCGCAGCGGGAUUCUCGCCUUCCGAGAAGCGGUUCCAGUAGUGACCGCGGGGGAAGGAGUGCUGGUCCGUCGGCUUUGAAGUUUAGCGAUAAGCAGUAUUUGAACAUCUUGCAGUCUCUGGGGCAGUCCGUUCAUAUUUUUGACCUCACCGGCAGUCUUAUCUACUGGAAUCGAGGUGCUGAAAACUUGUAUGGUUAUUCUGCAGCGGAGGUUCUUGGUCGCAACCUUAUUGGGAUCCUUGUAGAUCCCAGGGAUUCAACGAUCGCGCAGAGUAUUAUUGAUCGUGUGUUCCAGGGUGAGAGCUGGACAGGACAGUUCCCAGUGAAGACCAAGAGCGGCGAUAGGUUUACAGUUGUGGCGACCGAUACACCUUUCUACGAUGACGACGGUACUUUGAUUGGGCUUAUAUGCGUCUCUGCAGAUUCACGGCCGUUUUACGAUGCGGGGGUUGAUUUCUCUGGUCCCGUUGAUAGGGAAGCAGUUUCGGAUUUCUCUAACCGUGGUAUUAGAAGUAGCAGCAGUUUUACUAGUCUCACAGCUAAGCUUGGUUUGGAUUCUCAGCAGCCUCUGCAAGCAGCAUUCAAGUCCAAGAUAUCUAACUUGGCAACCAAAGUGAGCAACAAGAUGAAGUCUAAGAUUAGAACUGGAGAGAACAGUGUCGAUCAUCGUGAAGGCGGUAGUGGAGAUAGUCACCAUUCCGACCAUGGUUUGGGGGAUAUUGCAGCAGAGCAUAGGGAUGAUGCAAACUCCAGCGGUGCUAGUACGCCUAGGGCAAGCUCACCUAAGAGAGAUUUUCAUCCACCUCCUUCUGUUGUCUCACCUCCUGGCGAUGAGAGUGAAGGGAAGCCUGCAAUCCACAAGAUCAUCACUUCGAAAGCUGAAGAGUGGAUGGGUAAAAAGGGGUUGCCAUGGCCAUGGAAAGGGAACGAGAGGGAAGUUUCUGAGGCAAGAACGAGCAAGUUCGUUUGGCCUUGGUUGCAGAAUGAUCAAGAGGGUGAAAUGAAUUAUUCCUCUUCUGGGUCUUGGUCUUCCUCUGCAAAUGUUCAUAGCACGAGCAGCAGCAGUUGUGGUAGCACGAGCAGCACUGUGAAUAGGUUAGAUGUGGAGACUGAUAGCUUGGAUUAUGACAUAUUGUGGGAAGACUUGACAAUUGGAGAACAAAUUGGACAAGGUUCUUGUGGGACUGUAUAUCAUGCCCUGUGGUAUGGAUCAGAUGUUGCAGUUAAGGUAUUCUCCAAGCAAGAGUAUUCUGACGACGUGAUACUGUCAUUUAGACAAGAGGUGUCCCUUAUGAAAAGACUCCGCCAUCCAAAUGUGCUGCUCUUUAUGGGUGCGGUGACCUCACCUCAGCGUCUCUGUAUCGUUACAGAGUUCCUACCCCGAGGAAGUUUGUUUCAGUUACUCCAACGAAACACAACAAAACUAGAGUGGAGACGGAGAGUGCAGAUGGCAUUGGAUAUUGCACGGGGUAUGAAUUAUCUUCAUCAUUUCAACCCUCCUAUUGUUCAUCGUGACUUGAAGUCUUCAAAUCUUCUGGUUGAUAGAAACUGGACGGUAAAGGUUGGUGAUUUCGGGCUGUCGCGUCUAAAACAUGAAACAUUUUUGACAACCAAGUCUGGGAAGGGCACGCCUCAAUGGAUGGCACCGGAAGUUCUCCGCAAUGAACGUUCGGAUGAGAAGUCUGACAUCUACAGCUUCGGAGUAGUACUAUGGGAACUUGCGACGGAGAAGAUUCCUUGGCAUAAUCUCAACUCAAUGCAGGUAAUUGGUGCUGUGGGCUUCAUGAACCAACGGUUAGAAAUACCAAAAGACCUCGAUCCGCGCUGGGCCUCUAUAAUUGAGAGCUGCUGGCUCAGUGACCCAGCCAGCCGCCCGACGUUCCAAGAACUCCUGGAUAAGCUGAGAGACCUUCAGAGACAGUACAACAUUCAGCUCCAGGCUGCCCGUUCUACUACAGCUGCAGCUGGCGAGCAUAUCACACUCACCUCCCACAAUGGAAGCUAGCAAAUCCCACUCAGAACAACCAGAAACGGAAUUUCGCAAAGGUUGCGAAACUUUUCAUUCGGAAGAUCCACCCCUGAUUUGAUUGCUGCGAACUGUGUGGGUCUGCAGUGCCACGCAGCGACAGACACAAACAAGAAGCUUGUUUCGCUGUUGCUGACGGUAGAAAGCAGGGCAGAGAAGCAGAAGGUAGUAGAAGACAGUAUUUGAUUGGAAGCCAUGUGAGAUGCCGAGGGAGAGGGUUACAUACUUACAUUUCCUGGUGGUGGGCUGAGUUGUUGUGUGUUUUGUACAUGUUUCUCGGACGCCAUUUUUAAGGGAUGGGAAUGCUGGUGGUCUUAGUGGUGUUCUUUUUUGUCGUAGUGGGGGGUGAUAUUUUUCAUGCACUAGCAGGAAUUCCUUGGUGCAGAUUCAAAAAGAUAAAACGACAAUGGAAGGGGAGAAAAAACAAGUUUUUUUUUUUUUUUUUUUAUAACCCAGGGAACCUCAGCGCCACGUGCCGCUUGAGCGACAGCGUGAUGUAAUUGUAAUGUGAAGGAAAGAAAAAUUGUCGUGCUUUUUGUC